AUGGGCCUCAUGUCCGAUUUGGGACUUGUUUCCCUUAACUCCAGUAGCCUGCCCACCUUCUCCAACAGUCAUGGGAAGAGCUGGGUGGAUCUCUGCCUCGGCAACGACACUCUGGCCCGUCUGAAUACCAACUGUUACACCAUGGACUACACUUCUACGAGUGACCACGCCUACAUCCUCACUACGGUUGAAUACCAUCAGUGUAGGAAGAACCUGAUAAUUGUUAACCAAACGGACUGGGCCAGCUUUGAGGAGCUGGUUAAACGUCAGUGGGACCCGAGUUGCCUGCGCAACUUGGACUCCACCUGGAAGAUUGACCAAGCGGUUCUGCACCUACAAGAGACAAUCAAACAGGCCUUCUUCCUUUCUACCAGGGUCAAGCCAAAGCGGCCCUCGGCCCCGUGGUGGAAUCAACAGCUCUCUGAUAAACGUAAAAGGGUCUGGAAAGCUAGAAAAAAAUACCUGCGGAGUAUGGAUCCCGUUUCUAGGCAAGCCCAUAAGGAGAGCUAUCUCACCCUCUUUAGGGAGUAUAAGACGAUGAUAAAUAGGGCCAGGACUACAUCGUGGAAGAAGCUGUGUACAGAGGUCAGUAAUAAGAGCCCUUGGGACAUCCCGUUUUAUGCGGUUUUCAAGAAGCGGAAGACCCUGGGCAUACCAGAGACCAUCAGUACUCCCAACGGGUACACCACCAAUCCGCAGGACACUUAUAGGGCUAUUUUCGACGAGCUGUUCCCGCAGGAUGACCCAGCAGAGGACAGUGAGGAGCAACACCAUAUCAGGGAAUACGGGAAGCACUAUCAGAAUAACAUUAUGGACCCCCCCUUUACCCCCCAGGAAAUCAAGAAGGAAUUCCAACAAAUCAAGAAAAGGAAAGCCCCAAGAGGGGAUGCCAUCAACUAG